AUGUACGCCGCCUCAAACCGAGCUACUGUCAUUGGGGACACCCCUUCCCCCCAAACUGAAGCUCAAAUCCUGCAAGAGCAGCAGCUUCGACAAAGCCGAAUCCAGUCCUUCCUCAGGGACAACAACGGCCCCAAAACCAUGCUCUCUGACAGUUCCACCUCGGCGGAUAAGUCCAUGGCAAAGCAUCGUGCCGAAGCAGCUCGCAACAUUGAGGACAUAAUGUCCACCCUCAAGGGAUGA